AUGCCCGGAAGAGCGCUUGAUGGCGUACAUGGUCCUGGAGCGAUUACGCGAUACCGGAGUCAAAACGAUUUCGCUGGGCACAAGAAAUUUGCUCUUGCCGCACUGAUUGGGAAUCGCGAAUGGAGGCAGACUUCUAGUGUGCUGGCUCAAUUUUCUCCCUCUCUUCGCCCAAUGCGCUCGAUGAGGGAAGAGGCCAAUAAUGACACCGCGAGCUGGAUGAAUCGACUAUUACGAUUUCGAAGCGAUGCUCCAGGUGCCUGCCUCAUCGCCGGUCCCCACACAUGCGUGGAAGAGGACGGAUCUCUCUCGGGAUAUGAUCGCGGAACCUCAGAUUCCCUCAGACCCAGGAAAUAG